AUGCAUCAUUGUCUUGGACAGGGAGCCUACCUGGGAGGUGUAGCUGGUAAACUGGGCGCUGCCGCUGCACUCGGACAGGGUGGGUAUCCCCAAGCGGUUCCAGAGAAACCAGUUGGUUAUGGUGAUGGAGCAACGGGAUAUCUUGGUGCUAUGGCAGGUAACGGCUUUGGCGGAGACGCUGGCGCUCGAGCCUUGGCUGAAGGUUACGGGAAUGGAUACAACGACGGCUACGGAGCUGCAAUGAGCACAGGAGGCUUUGGACCUGUCCAGGGCGCGUAUGGAGCCGGUGCUGCACAGGUGCCUUAUGGGAACGCACCUGUGAUUCCUGCAGGACUGGACGGUAGGGGCUGCAAGAGCAUGCAGCGUCAUAAUCUGAGUGAAACAGGCCUGUGUGUGCAUGAAAAACCAACGUGA